AUGUCGGCUGUCUCGAACAUGAACGGCGGUGACACGAGCAACGCGACCGCUGCGUCCAAGCACCAGUUGAAGAGCAGCAGCAGUGCAAAAGCACUGGACGGACAGGGACAGCACAAAAAGCAGCAGCAGCCCGCCAACGCCUGGCAGAACGGGCGCAACCCGAUCACGUCGCGAAACUCGUCCACCACACCCAAUGGCACCGAAAAGCCUCUACCCAAGCUCCCGUCGCAGGGUCAGCAACUCAAGAGCUCGACAGACCUCAAUGCAGACAAGCAUGCACACGAUCGUUCCAUGUUCCUCUUCGCACAAUUUGUUGGCAAGGAUGUUAGCAUCACAUUAAAGAAUGGCGAGCAGUACAGUGGUGUCUUCAGCGCUGCAUCUCUGCAGUCCACCAAAACGCAAUAUGUCAUCAAGAUGGCGCGACGGAUAGCACCAGCGAGCGACGGCCAGGUCAACGGCACGACCGAGCACGAACCAGAACUGAUCGGCGAGGGCAGCGAUCACAUACUUGCUUUCGACAUUCAAGACACCAUCGAUCUGUCCGUGCAGGAUGUCUCCACGACACCCGUGACAUCUCAGCAGAAUGGCUCUGCGGGUUCGUCCUUCAGGACAGACACCCAAAUAUCCGCCCGUGAAUCGGAUAUGCUACGAGCACGCGAGCUACAGCCAUUCGACCUAGGUAAUGACACGUCUGUUGAUCUGUCGCUUGAGUCUUCUAACGGUCCCUGGGAUCAAUUUGCGACCAACGAGGCUCUAUACGGCAUCAAUACGACAUAUGACGAAGAGCAGUACACAACGGCGAUCAGACGAGAUGACCCCAAGUACUCGAGUCUGGCGGCGAAGGCGGACAAGAUUGCUCGUGAGAUCGAGGGUUCUGCUCCAGCCAACGCACAUGUUGCUGAAGAGCGACGCCAGAACGCAGAGUACGACGGCGAGGAGGACGAGGAGGCCAAGUACUCAGGAGUCAGGCGUGAGGCCUCAAAUCUGCCCACGCGAGGUGUCAACUCAUACGUUCCACCUUCGCAACGGCAAAUGACCGCCCUGCCGACUGUGCCUGGGGCUCCAUUCGAUCCAGCUAUCAUUUCAGCUCAAGUCAAGACCACAGCACCGUCGACCGCCUUGCCCGAGCCAGUACCUGCACCACACGUCGAAGCUGCGAAGCAACAAGUCGCACCAGACGCCGAAAGCGCUGUGUCAGCAGCACCAAUCGUCGCCAAGAAGGGCACGACUGAAGAUCGAGUUCGCGACACUGCCGACGCCUUCAGAAACUUCGCCAACGGCGAGAAGCUCAAGGUCCGUCAUGCACAAGAGGUGAAGCGCGCCUCUCAGAGACAGGAGAAGAAUGUGAAGCUCAACGACCUGAAGAAAUUCUCGGAGAACUUCAAGCUUAAGAGCCGUGUGCCCGACGAUUUGGUUCCCAUACUUGCUAAAGAUGCCGAGAAGCAGGCCGAGAUCAAGAAGAAGGCUGAGCAAGCAGCGAAGGAGGAGGAAGGGCGAGCGAAGGACAAGACUAGUGACAAGGCAUCGGCGGCGGCUUCGCCGGCUCCACCGAGCAGCAUAGCGGGUAGCGUUGCUAACGCCAACCAUCAGGCAUAUUUCAACCAGCAAACAAGAGCGCGGGUGUCAGGAAACAUGGCUGGUCUGCCGAUGCGCCCUGGUGGCCCGGCCAUGCCAUCGCCUCGUGGUCCCAACAACCAGCGCAUGCACAACCAGUUUCCCGGCAUGCCUUUACGACCACAGCCACUGCCGACAGACAUGCGGAUGCCUACUGGCCCUCCAGCUGCGGAGAAUCCUCUAAGCCCGGGCUCGCGGCUCAACGUCAAGGCAUUCGAAUUCCGACCAGCAGCGUCAAACUUCACGCCGACUGGCACGACACCGAGUCCGCAGCGAAGGGCCAGCGGCAUAACCCCACCUACAGAGACUACCGUCUCCUUCUUCAAGAACAAGGUCAAGGAUGUCAAAGAGUUCAAGACCGAGUACAACCCGGUCGACAGACUUGCCGGAAAGGAGUACAGCGAAGCGGAGAAGAAGAAGUAUGCUUCGAACGGCGGCGUUCCACAGGCAUACAACACUCCUCCUACCUGGCCUCACACGCCUGCGAAUCAAAACUCGUCAUACCUGACAGCAUUCCCGCCCCGGCCUUCGCGCAGUCAAGGCCCGUCUCCAAUGCAGACACCGAAUCCGAACGCACAGAUGCCUCACGCGCAUCAGCUGCCACCGCACAUGCAGCCCGGCAAUAUGUCCACGCCAACCCAUCGUCCGUUUUACCCACAACAGCACGGCCAAGGCCCGGCGUUCGACCCUCGCCUGCAGCAGCAUAUGGGACCCAAUGGAUCUGUGCAAAACUCACCACGAGUACAGCAAGUCUCGAUUGCACCAUUCAAUGCACAGAUCCCACCUAUGGGUAUGAUGCCCACUCAACCGAUGCAAGGAUAUGGUAUGAGCCCGUCAAUGCAAUACAGACAACCAUCCCUCCCGGGUGGACCACCCAUGAUGAUGCCAGGACAGAUGCCAGGGCAGAUGGGUCCAAUGCAGCCUGGUUUCCCGCCAGGACCACAAUUUCGAGCACCACAGAUGGGCGGCCAUAUGAUGGUACAGAACCCGUCCCAAGGCUAUAUGAACGGACCCGUGCCUAAUCAGAACUAUUCGCCAAUGCCGCCACAUGCUCAGCCACAUAUGCCGCACAUGCAGCAGCACGGCCCGGCAGCAUACAAUAACAACAGCCCUCGACCACCAAUGAUGCAACCGGGCGGCUCGCACCAAGGCUUCCAGCCAGGCAUGCCCAUGCAGCCUAACUUUGCUCCCUCUCCUGGACAACCCCAUCCGUACCACCUCCAGCAGCAGAGAGCGAUGUCGGGCGGCUUUCCUCAUAUGACACCAAGACAGCAGCACGCUGUUCCUAACCACGGUAGCCCGGGCAUGGGUGCUCCACCACAAGGCGACGAGGGCAAGUGA